AUUGUGCUUUCAACAAGAUCGCAUCGAUUGAGCGUUGUUGAAUUUUCGACUCGAAAUUAGAAUUGAUAUUGAAAUAAAACUGGAACAGAAAAUUAAGUAAAGUUCACGAAAAACGAUCUAUUUUAAACGAAAAUACACAAAAGUGUACGCUGAUAAGUGUUGAUAAAAUUUCAAAUUUGCAAGAAAAAUAAACAUUAUUCUAAUUAAUUGAAGCGACGAACUUUGAAUACAAAAAAAAAUAACUAAACGAAAUGGCACCGACAGCUAACUUCGAAUAUCGAUCAAAUCCGUGCAUAAUUUGCCGAGAGGAUUGUGUGUGCAUAGCUAAAAGUGUACAUAAUAACAUUGAAACGAAAACCAAUAUCAAUGAGAUUGAAAUUAUCGCAAAAGGUCAACAGGUUCUAACAACUGUAUUGAGAACGUUACGAUGGAGUAAAUCAAAAACAUUAAUAACUAAUGAUGAGACAGUUUUGAUACAAGAAAAAUGCCGACCGACUAUCUCGCUACGGGAAGUGUCCGAACACGAUUCAUACGAUGAUUGUUGGAUUAUUUUAUACGAUCGUGUUUAUGAUGUGACCAAAUUUUUAAAUGGGCAUCCAGGCGGAAGCGAGGUGAUCAUCGAAUAUGCUGGCCGUGAUGCGAGUGUUGCUUUCCGUGGCCAUUCAGAGUUUGCCUUACGCUCUCUCAAACAGUAUGAAAUCGGGGAAUUGCCAGAGAAAGAGAGAAUAUAUCGAAGACCUGGUCUUCUAAGAUGUAAUGAUUUACCCGAAUGAAAUUUAAAUUUUCAUAUCAGUCAUUAUUCAAUAACGGCUCCUUUUUGAGCAGCUAUUCUUUGAGUAUUUUUUUUAUUACUUAAUUUAUUUAAACACAAAAUGGAAUUUAUAUUGUAAUAUGUGUGCAGUGGUUGUUACUUUGGUGAUAAAUCACUUUGUCUAUUAAAAUAAAACAAACAAUCAUUCAUAUGGUA